UGUAUGAUGCUUCUUGGAUGGAUUACGUAAUACCUUGGAAUCUCGGGGUUUCCGUUGAUAAUUUCCUCUAAAGUGCACUCAAAAUAAUCCGCAUAUGGACUCUCACUGGUCAGGAAGCCCGCGAUAUAGUGUAUACAAAUGCAUUCGGUUUCUUUGGCAGCCAUAGACAUACAGAGCUGGUACACGAAAGAAAGAUUAGAAUUAUACCCAAGCUCCUAAGCUUUAGAUGAGAAACUGACUUACACAAGAAAGUCAUCAUUAAUUAAGUGCUUUCAAAUUAGGGCCUAAACCUGAUCGGGCUUGAUCAUGGCUCUUGGAAAAUCGAAAMCUGUUGAGGAAGAACAACGAAUGAGAUGUUUAAAGCAAGAUGUGAUAGCACUGGUAGUGGCUAUCCUGAUCUUCAUUUUGAUUGUURUACUGGCUCUAGCCUCUACAAUAUUUCCCUCAGCACCUGCACUUCCAUCUUUUGAUGAUCCAAUUAAGGGCUUUGAACCAAGGGGUACUGAUCUCAGUAAUCGCAUCAAUACUAUUAAGACUCUGUCAAAGCAAAAAUCUUUAACAACAGUUAAGCUGAAUCAAGGCCAGCAAAGUCCUUCAGUAUCAAGGAAACGCAGAUCAAAAACAUCGACUAGCUGCCAGGUUUCAUAUGGUUAUGAUGCUAGAUUGGUUUUUGAAGCCAAAUCCUCAGGAAAUCUUCUCACCGCUGACAAUCUGAAGUCCAUGUGCUACUUGGAGAAGAGGAUAAUGAUAUCAACGCCUUCCAAAUAUGGUUAUUACUAUUACCAAGGCUGCAGCAGCAUUUCAUUGGGUGGUUUUGCUGCUCAAUUAGCUAACAAAACAUGUGAGACCAUUGAUGAUGCUGACGUAACAAAAGCACUGAAUGUCCUUCAAUCUUGUUCAACUUAUUUCUCWCGAGGUACUUUGACUCAAGAUUGCUACUGUGACGACCCAGAUCCUUAUAAUAAAACCACUCCUAACUGCCCUACAGUUCCGUGCCACUGUAGUUUGAAAAGGGCUGUCUAUUUAAUAAUGAAUUAUUUGACUGACAGUGAAUUCUUGAAAACACCAAAUCAAACGAAAUUGAAAUAUUCUGCCACUUUAUCACCUAUACAAUGGAAUAGCUAUGAUCUUUUUAAGUACAUCUAUGAAAGCAAACUCAUAGAUUCGUUACCAGAGCACAAAGGAGUCAAAGUGGUGGGGUUUGACUUUGCCAACUUCAGAUUUGAUCUUUUCAAUAUCCUUUUAGUUGAGAAUGCCAAAUAUCCYGGAAUUGCCAUGGCAUUUGUCCUGGUCAUCAUGUGUUUCUUCCUCAAGUCUUUUAUCCUGGCUUUUUCUGCAAUGUUAACGGUGAUUUUUGCUCUAGUUUUGUCGUAUUUUCUAUACAUGGUCGUUUUUGGCAUCAARUUUUUCCCAUUCUUAAACGUGGUUACUCUGGUUUUCCUGGUUGGCAUUGGUGCCGAUGAUGCAUUUGUCUAUUAUGACAUCUUCCGACAGACCAAAAGUGCCAAUCCAAAUGACAGYAUAGUGAGUUUGACUUUAAAAACUCUUCGAUAUGCUGCUCUUUCCAUGUUUGUUACAAGUUUUACAACUUCAGCAGCUUUUUUUGCCAAUUUGACAUCCCACAUCACCUCUAUCAAGGCGUUUGGCAUCUAUGCCGGUUCAUCCAUCUUGACCAAUUACUUAUUGAUGAUUACCUGGUUUCCAAUCAUUGUAAUGCUCCACGAAAGAUGGGUUAGAAAGCGAAAGGUUGACCAGACCUUACAGUUAGCCCACAAACAAGGUGGAAUUAAGGUCAGCAGCACAGUUUCAUCGAUGGGAGUUUCAAUAGGAAUAGCCUUUGGUGUAAUGCUGUUGACCACUUUGAACAUCUUCAUAAGCAUGUAUGCUAUCGUUACAAUAGUUGGGAUCCUAGCCAUGACUGUGGGAAGUCUAGUACUGUUAGGAUGGCAGYUGAGUGUGUUAGAGUCCWUUGUGUUCUCUGUGUCAGUUGGUCUUUCCAUUGAUUUCACUAUGCACUAUGGAGUWKCAUAUCGAUUAUCACCACACAAAGAUAACAGACACGAGAGAGUUCGCUAUUCAUUCAUCCAUAUUGGAUYUGCUAUUUUGAUGGCGGCAUUUACCACUUUUACAACAGGACUACUGAUGCUUCCUGCAAUCGUUCUUGUGUACAUUCAACUUGGUCAAUUCUUAGUUUUAGUCAUGGUUUUCAGCUGGUUGUUUGCAACUUUUGGGUUUCUUUCCUUGUGUGCUUUUAUCGGUCCAGUUGGAAACUUUGGACAGCUAAAUAUUACCAGCAUCUGCCGCAAGUUUGGGAUAUGCAAAGAAAAAUUAAAGGAUGAAGUAAUUUCUUUAUCUAAAAACGAAAAAGGGGACGAAAACAUUUGCUCAAGUCAUGAAAACCCUGAAGUCGAAGCAGAUGAGCUAAAAGAGCGACGUCCAAGAUUCUAAAAUAUGAGUCCAGUAUGUAAAUACAAGCAAUGGUAGUAUUAUCGCUAUAGUAUUGCAGUUGACAAUGAAGUAAUAUAGCAUAGUAGUAUUUAAUGCGAAUUUGAGUAAGAAUAAUUUUAGCUUUAUAUAUAGUGGAUAUAUAAGUCAUAUCUUCAGUAGUAAUUGUACUGUACAUACAAUUGUACAUAUAAUUCUAUUGAAUACAUAGGCUUUCUGUGGAAAACCAUGUCUAAAUUACUGCAAUUUCAUUUAUUUGAGUAAUUAAUAAACUUUAAUUUCUUUAUUAAAUUCAUUAUUACUGCA